GGGGGGGGGGGGGGGUCUGAAGAUUCACGUUAGCAACAGUGCCAGGUAGCGUAGCAACUGCAGACGCUUGUUUCAUUCACCGCUACAGCUACCGGAGCGUCCAAACAAGCGCCUCGCCUAAACUAAGGAGUACGGGUAAUAGUUACAAGGUUUCUGGUCGUGUGUUUAUUACUGUACGUGUGUCGGCGAGGAGGCAGACUGUGCACGUUCUGUAAGUGCAUCCCACGAGAACCGAGCCGCCGAGCCCGCUGACCAGUCCACUCGCGAGGAUCAAGAGCAAACAUCCAGAAUGAGAUUGAAAACAUGGAUGCUGAGGGAAUCUAAACAUAAGGAACUUGUGAGUUGUGUUGGCUGGACCACGGCAGAUGAACUGUACUCGUGCAGCGAGGACCACCAGAUCCUCAAGUGGAACCUGCUGACCAGUGAGACCAGUCUGGUUGUCAAGUUGCCAGAGGACAUUUACCCCAUCGACCUACACUGGUGCCCCAAAACUGUUGGUGGCAAGAAACAGACCCAUGCCGAGAUCUUUGUCCUCACCAGCACUGAUGGAAAGUUCCACCUGGCCUCUAAGAUGGGGCGUAUCGAGAAGAGUGUUGAAGCUCACAAAGGAGCAGUUUUGGGAGGAAGAUGGAACUAUGAUGGAACCGCUCUCAUCACAGCUGGAGAAGAUGGGCAGAUCAAGAUGUGGUCGAAAAGUGGAAUGCUGCGCUCAACCCUAGCCACCCAAGGGUCUCCUGUCUAUUCUGUGGCCUGGGGACCAGACUCAGACAGAAUCCUCUACACAUCAGGAAGACAGCUCGUCGUCAAGCCUCUUCAACCGAGUGCAAAAGUCAUACAGUGGAAGGCUCAUGAUGGGGUCGUUCUGAAGGUGGACUGGAACUCAGUCAAUGACCUCAUACUGUCAGGUGGAGAAGACUGUAAAUACAAGGUAUGGGACAGCUUUGGCCGCCUGCUUUACUCCUCGUCAUCCCAUGAAUACCCGGUCACCUCUCUGUCCUGGGCGCCAGAUGGAGAAGUGUUUGCCGUGGGCUCCUUCAACACCCUGCGGCUCUGUGACAAGACUGGGUGGUCCUAUGCUUUGGAGAAGCCCAACACAGGCAGUGUGUUCACAGUGGCCUGGUCUGCAGACGGAACCCAGCUGGCUGGUGCCUGUGGCAAUGGGCAUGUCAUCUUUGCCCAUGUGGUGGAGCAGCACUGGGAGUGGAAGAACUUUGUGAUCACUCUUACCAAGAGGAGAACCAUGCAGGUGAGGAAUGUGAUGGACGAUGCAGUGGACGUAUUGGAGUUUAGAGAUCGAGUCAUCAAAGCCUCGCUGGCAUGUGGUCACCUGGUGGUCGCCACUUCCCUUCAGUGCUAUAUUUACAAUUCAAGAAACUGGAACACUCCCCUCAUCUUUGACCUGAAGGAGGGAACGGUUAGCCUCAUCCUGCAAGCAGAGAAACACUUUCUGCUUGUGGAUGGAGCAGGUCUGUAUACGUUCUCCUAUGAGGGUCGACUGAAUUCCUCUCCCAAGUUCCCUGGUAUGAGAGCUGACAUCCUAAAUUCCCAGGGUGUCUCGCUUAGUAAUGACACCAUUGCUAUCCGGGACAAGAGUGAUGAAAAAGUCAUCCUUCUAUUUGAUGCUCUGACCGGGAAAGCCCUUGGUGAUGGAAAGCCUUUGACCCACAAGCUGGAGGUGGUGGAGAUCGCUCUGGACCAGUGUGGUCCAUCCACGGAAAGGAAGAUUGCCCUUAUAGACAAGAACCGUGACCUUUACUUGACUUCCGUGCGUCAUCUUGGGCGAGAGCCCAAAAUCUGCAAAAUCGGCAGCAUGGUUCACAGUAUGGCAUGGAACGAUGCUGCUAACAUCCUGUGUGGAAUCCAGGACAACCAGUUCACAGUGUGGUACUACCCGAACAUUGUCUUCACUGACAAGGAACUGCUGCCAAAAACACUGUACAUAAAGGACGCCAGUGAGUUCAGCCGAGCCCCCCACAUCCUGAGCUACGUUGGCACUAAGGUGACGUUACGGCAAGGAGACGGUUCCCUGGUGUCCAGUAGUGUACCUCCCUACCCGGCCCUGCUUCACGAAUACAGCACCUCUGCUCGGUGGGAGGAUGCACUGCGACUCUGCCGCUUUGCCAAGGACCAGUCUUUGUGGGCGUGUCUUGCUGGUAUGUCAAUGGCAAACAGGCAGCUGACCACAGCAGAGAUGGCCUAUGCUGCCAUCAGAGAGUUACCAAGGGUGCAGUACAUCAAAUUUAUAAAGGAGCAGCCGUCUAAGGAGUCGUCUUUGGCCCACACGCUGAUGUUCAGCGGUCAGGUCCAGGAGGCCGAGGCCACUCUGUUACAAGCUGGUCUCAUCUACCAGGCCAUUCAAGUCAACAUUGACCUUUUCAACUGGGAGAGGGCGCUGGAGUUGGCAGUCAAACACAAGACCCAUGUGGACACCGUACUGGCCUAUAGGGAAAAGUUCCUACAGACAUUUGGCAGGAAGGAGACCAAUAAGAGAUUCCUGCAGUAUGCUGAAGGGGUCGAGGUGGACUGGGAGAAAAUUCAUGCGAAGAUUGAGAUGGAGUUGUCUAAAGAAAGAGAGAAAGCUGCCAAUGCCUCUGUGAGGAGCAGUGUGGCCGCUCGACGUUGAUGUUCAGGAGACCCUUUCUCUAAACAUCAGCCUCUGCAGAAUUGUGUUCACCACUGUUUUGGACAUUUUUCGCGAACGUUGGGUAGUUUGGCUCCACCUCAAGAUAAAAACUAAUUCUGUACUUGAGGUUCAAUGUGCAGUAGUUACAAGUACAAUGACUUAAAGGGGCAGUAAGCGAUUUUAAUCCAAUGCACUUUUAGUUAAGUUCUGCGAAACUGUCCUCGUGGUCCGCUAGAUUUUUCUACACCCCUGGCUCUGUAAAUUGAAAACCCCAAAAAGUGGUGUGGACCGCACCACACAACACUGUGCAGUUUGUAAACACUCCCUGACACCUUAAGAGACGUGCUAGCGACAGACACUUAGAUUCAGGGGUUUGGUAAGCAUCUGUCUCCCAUACACGAGGCUGUGGGUCCGAGCCCAGGUCUGUGCGGUCAGUAAAUCUACAACAAACAAUCUAUUUCCAAAAAUCGCUUACAACGCCUGUCAGUUAAAACAAAUGGCGACGUGAUGAUGAGUAGGCCAUGAAGAAUUUCACAUUUUCAGACUACUACAAUACAAUCUUGUGGCAUAUGCUCGGUAAUAUAAAACAUUUGCACAUCGUUGUACAUGGCAAUCUGUUGCUGGGAGUCAUUGAUUGGACUUUGGACAAGGGUAUCUGUAACUCCCCAUCAUGGCAUUUCUGUCAUAGCAGCAUCUCAGUGAUUUCAAUUUGUCAAGUUCAGACUCGAGUCUUAUUCUUUUGUUACUUUGUUCAAUCAUGCACUAAUGUAUUCCUUUUUUUUUCUUUGUCGCUGAUAUUUGACUGUGUUUUUGUAUAAAAAAUAUAUAUUUCUACAGUUAUUGUAUACUUUGCCUUCUGUAAACACUAAAUAGAAUAUUAAUUAAUAAAACAUGGAAAUACUGUAAAAA